AUGUCUGGUUUUGAAGUGGCUGGUAUAGUCCUGGGAUCGCUCCCCUUGCUCGUCACAACUUUGGAAACCUACUGCAAAUUCAUGCGCGAAUGGGGCAAGGCGUCGUCAGAGCUGAAAAGCCUGAAUCGCCAAUUGAGCACGGAACGGGCGAAAUAUUACAACGUCUGUACUCUCUUAAUCAGUGAUGUGGUACCGCAGCAAGAUAUCGAGUCAAUGCUGCUGAGCCCAUUUGGACCGUUAUGGCGAGUCUCUGAAACGAACGACAUGAUCCGGCAGAGGCUUUGGGAUGCCUAUAGUCCGUUCGAAGAGACCGUUGUUGAGAUACAAGAGGCGCUCGAAGCUAUCAUGAGGCGGUUGAGGGUGCAGAUAUCUCAAGAUGGCCAGGUUGAAUGGGGAAACAAAAAUCGCAUGACUCGAGAAUUCAGAAAGCUUUUGUACCGCCUUCAUAGAGACGACUACAAAGACGACAUUGCUACUAUUUCCAAAGGCAUCAGCGAUCUCGAGUGUUUGACUAAGCUGAGUAUAAAACUUGAACCCAGUCGAAAAAAGCAGUCUCGUGGCAAACUUUUCAAGAUAUUGCGAGAUUUAUCGGCCAGUAUCUAUCGAGCUCUCUGCUCCAGUAUCCUCUGCAAUGAUCCUCAUGACGUUAGUCUUGAGCUUUCGCCACGCUUGAUCGAAAUUGGAUGCGAUCGUGGUGACGAGAAAGUUUUGACAGAUGCCCAAUUCAAGAUAGCUAUCUCUUUUGAGAUGGUAGAAGCCUCAACAACAAAACGAUUCUGGGAUGAGGUGAGCAUCAAAACAGCAAAGUCGAUGACAACAAAACGAUCACAGCCAUGUUUACCGCAGCCCCAAGCAAAAUGGGCCAAGACAGUACCAUCUGGAAACAAGUCAGAACUACCAUUCACGAAUUCAAUGAGGUCAAAACACAAUGUAAAACCAGCCAUGGCACCGUUCAGCCGUCUCGCUACUACGGGUGUUGCUUUCACCAAAACCUGUGAUGAAGAGGAGCGAGCAUUAUCGAAGCGGUCCCUCAACCUUUGCACGGCUAUGAGAAACGCAAGACAUGCGCGGCCAGUCUGUUACGGCCAUCUUAUCGAUACAGAAUGUGCUGAUCGACAUUUCCAAGUGUAUGCAUUGGGAACUACGAUCAACAGCGAUGGCUGGUCAAUAGUGACUCUAAGUGACAUCCUCGAGGGCAAAGGAGGCCUCAACCCAUUGGUUUCUCUUGCUGAGAAGGCUCGGCUCGCACUUGCCAUCGCAUCGAGUGUUCUCCAGCUGAGCAAAACCCCUUGGCUUCCAGAAGCUUUGACAAGAAAAAGAGUGCAUUUCUUUCGAAGAGACGAAACACUUUCGUACAGAUACCCUUUUCUAUUACGAAGUUUUCCGUUACGUCCUUCACAGCUUCCAAAUCCUACCGCGGCAUCCGGAUGCAUCCCGUUGAACAAUCCCACGCUCUUUGCUUUAGGAAUCCUUCUUCUAGAGAUAAUCCUUGGCCAGUCCUUCGAACAACUUCGAUCCCCAGAUGAGAAGCCCAUUCAUGGUGACUACAACGGUGUGAUUCGUAAUUCAAUUGCGGCACAUAAGUUGUUGGAGAGAGUUGCUUUGAUUAAUACGGCGUAUCAAGCCGUUAUCCAGAGAUGCAUAGACUGUACCGAGACUCGUGGGUUGGACGAGGGUGGGUUUAGACAAGAGGUUUACAAUGAUGUCGUCUUGGAGCUUGAGGCUAUUCUGGAGUCGACCAAGUUGGGUAUGUAA